GCGCUCCUGUUUCUGGUUGCUGCCAAACAUGGCUGUCGGUGGGCCAGUGGGUUUUGGAUGUUUCACGUUUCCUUUGAUUUCCUCCGCGUUACGUCCGUUAAGUUGAUAAAGUGAUGCGUCCGCGUCCUCCGCCAUCGCCCUCCUCUCCCGUCGCCGCUCGGACAGACUCUUGUUGCAUCAUGGACUUUGUGGACAAGUCCCGGGGUCCACCCCAUUGCAAGAGGCUUCAUUAUCAGCCUUAUGGGGGCCGUUGUGUGGAUCACCCACCGUGACCUACUGUCACGCUAUUGCCAAAAUGUGAUACGUCCUUGCCAGAUGCCCCAUCUCUAUUAGACAUGUGUUUAAGGCAUAAGAGAUUCCGCUGAUCGGGCGCCACACCUUACGCAUCCACACACCCAUUGCAGACUGGAAAGAUCUGGGGUCGAGCCAUCUUACGUGCCAGCAUUGAGAGGAAUACCAACAGCCAAGACACAGCCAUCAUGUUUCCAUCAACCCCGUCUCCAAAGCUGAAAGCACCAAACUGUCUUUGAAUUUUAUUUGGGCAUUUAAAAAUACAACAAACAAGUAAAACUUAAAAUCAGGGGUCUGCCACAAAAUAAGUUAUGUUUUAAGUAAUGAAACUGUAGAAUUUAUUUGAGAGACGUGAGACCUUUGUUUUGAACUAUUUUAAAGAAUUAUAGUUAAACCUAGUCAAAUUUAUAAAAUUGUUUGUAGUCUUGUUAUUUGAAUAAUGGAAUCUCUAGUGAGAAUUUCAAUCAAACUCAUCAAUUUUGCUUUGUGAUAGCAAGAGGCAUUCUAAGGAUCAAAGUAGAACUUAUAUUUGUUAUAUUUUCUACUUUUUGUCUUUUUCAAAUCCAUUUGAGAGUAAAAAGAGUGGUCUUAAAAGGUAGACAAAAUGGCAGCUACUGCAACAGUCAACCCUGUGGACUAUGUCCCUGUUAGUAAUUUUUAUCAUGACCGCUCAGUAUUUGUCACUGGUGGUACUGGUUUCAUGGGGAAGGUGCUUGUUGAAAAGUUGUUAAGAUCAUGCCCUGGAAUCAAGAACAUCUACCUCCUCAUGCGGCCAAAGAGAGGUCAAGAUAUCAGUGCACGACUCACAGAGCUCCUUAAUGCCCCUCUCUUUGACAAACUCAGGAAAGAAAGACCACACGAAUUGAACAAAAUUAUUCCAAUUCUUGGGGAUGUAACAGAACCAGAGCUUGGCAUUAGUCAAUCAGAUCAAAACCUUCUCAUCCGCACAGUGUCAGUUGUGUUUCACUCAGCAGCAACAGUAAAGUUUGAUGAAGCCUUAAAACUAUCAGUCACAAUUAACAUGCUGGGAACCAAGAGACUCGUUGAACUAUGUCACAGAAUGCUAGGAUUAGAGGCUCUCAUUCAUGUUUCUACGGCAUAUUGCAACUGUGACCGAGAAGAAGUUGCAGAAGUCAUCUACCCUCCACCAUAUGAUCCUGAGAAAAUAAUACAGAGUAUGGAAUGGAUGGAUGACGACCUCAUUGAAGCAAUCACACCACGGCUGAUAGGAAAGCGGCCAAAUACUUACACGUUCACAAAGGCCUUGGCUGAAACAAUGCUGCUUAAAGAAAGUGGAAAUCUUCCAGUAGCUAUUGUUAGGCCUUCUAUAGUACUGUCAUCAUUUCGAGAACCAGUGGCUGGAUGGGUAGAUAAUUGGAACGGGCCAACUGGAAUAAUUGCAGCUGCAGGAAAAGGUUUCUUCCGUACAAUGAUGUGUCAUGAAGGCAAAGUAGCAGAUCUUGUUCCUGUCGACAUGGUCAUCAAUCUUAUGAUUGCUGCUGCGUGGAGGACAGCCACUAACAGGCCUGAUGGUAUUGCAGUAUAUAAUUGUGCAACUGGGAUGCAAAAUCCUAUCACAUGGAAAGAGUUUGUAGAUAACUCUUUUGUUUUUAUGCGCAAACAUCCUCUGGGUGAUCUAAUAUGGUACCCAGAUGGGCAAAUUCACACAAACUGGAUGUAUAACAAAGUGUGUGUAAUGGCGCUACACGUUCUACCGGCCUACAUUCUUGACGGACUCAGCAUGUUGUUAGGAAAGAAAAGAAUAAUGGUCAGAGUACAAGCAAAAUUGGAGAAAGCUGCCAAAUGUCUGGAAUAUUUCUCAACACAACAGUGGCGCUUCUCAGAUGAAAAUGUUCGCCACUUAAAUUCUAUGCUCAGCAUUGAAGAUCGUAACACAUUUAUGUUUGAUGUUCGUCAAAUUAAUUGGACACAAUAUCUCGAAAGCUAUGUGCUUGGCAUCCGGCAGUUCAUCUUCAAAGAGCAUCCCAGCUCAAUACCCAAAACUCGAAAGCAGUUGACAAGAUUGCUGUGGCUUCAUCGGUUUUCAAGAGUUUUGGGAAUUAUUCUGAUGUGGAGGGCCCUAAUGUUGCGUUCAACUGCUGCCCGACGACUGUGGUGCAUUCUCCUCGACAUUAUGGUCCGUAUGGCAAGAAUGAUACCAUAUGUUUGACAUGUUUUGGACAUCAACCACAGAGUACAUCAAGACGUACUGGCACUUGUCAAAUGGGAAAAGACAUUUACUAUGCAGUACAAGUGCUCAUUAUUGUUAUGAGGCAUGGACCUAGGCAAUUUGAUAGAAGUGAUCACAUUAGGAAUGCGUUUCUGUUUUGAGCCAUGUGCUCAGUGCUCAGAACUUGUUCAGUGCUGUUUUUAGUUCAUGUAGUGCUGUACAAAACUGUUCAGUACUGCAUACCUCAAAGCCCUGUGAACAUCUACGUGGCUCAUGUGCAAUUGUGUCCAAAGGCUUGUAUGUCGGGCAGAUAGCUUUGUUUGAAAAUUUUCUCGUUGUUUAUUUAUUGAUAAAUGAGCUUUUUUGAGUAUUUUGUCUGAAAAAUACUGUGUGCUUUCCGAGCAUCACUUUUGUUACUACACAUGCUGUGUUUUAGUCUAUAUCUCUGCUGUUGUGAACGGAGUAAAGUAGGGGCAAUAUUUUAGUAGCUUCAAUAUAUGAAGUGUGCCAACCGUCCCCCUCAUUACCAUUUCAUCACUCAAGCGUACUGCUGCGGGUCACUUUGGUGAUGAUUCUGGCUUACUGGCUGAGAGCUUAACAUAUGAAUGCCUACUUGUUUUCUUCUCUGAAGCCUCAGCCUGACAGCUAUGUUGCCCAUUGACUGCCCAUGUUGUUGUUUUGAUGGAGAACAUCACUCUCAUUGUACUUGCGUGAUAUUGUUUUCAAAAUAUUACCUUAGUGCAAGUGUUCUGAGUAAAUGGCGGCAUUGUUGGGGACUUGUUUUUACUCUGCUGUUGGUGGUCACAAUUGUGUCACAUGCUCACAUUUUUGUGUCUACGUUCCUGGUAAUGAGAAAAUGACGAGUGCCUGUAUGUGUUUGUUAUGUGCAUCCAAAAUAUUUGUGUACAUGUGUGUGAAAAUUUGUGUAAUCAUCAAUUUUGCUAGUCCCCAUCGCAGCUCAAAUUCAGUGCAAGACUAAACAAAAAGAUUUUGAAAAAUUAAUGGGAAUAAUUUUUAUUUGGGAAAUUUUAAGUUGGAUUGAUUUGAAAAGAAAUCACGCUG